AGUUAGAGUGUGUGAGUGUGUGUGUGUGAGACACUGAGGAGAGAGAGGGGCUAGUCAGGCUGGGAUAAAGUGAAUGUAUCAGAGUAGCCUGAGUGAAGUGGGAGAGACCGAGACUGACAGACAGAUAAACAGACAGGUAGAUAAUCAGGUGUAGCAUGUGGUGUGCUGGUCCUGCUGCUGGUGCCAUGGUAGUGGAGUGUGUGUAAGUGAAGAUUCAGUCCAGUGUGUGGUUUCUUUCUUUAUGAGUGAGUGAGUGAUUGAGUGUGUGCAUCUGGAGCCACAGGGAUCAUGAGCUCUAAGGGCACCAACCUGCACAACAAACGACUACCAUGUAAACUACAGGUUGGACAUCUGAGAAAUAUUAGCUGAAACAGAACACGCUCAGAGGGUGCCAGACAUGGACGCGGCCCAGCAGCUGAAACUGAGAGAGAGGCAGCGCUUCUUUGAGGAGGUCUUUCAGCAUGACGUGGACGUGUACCUCUCCUCAGCUCACCUGCAGAUCGAUUACAAAAGACCUCCCAUGGGCAGCAUCUCUUCCAUGGAGGUGAAUGUGGACAUGCUGGAGCAGAUGGAGUUGAUGGACAUCUCGGAUCAGGAGGCUCUGGAUGUGUUUCUGGGAACGAGUGGAGAUGAUGAUGCACUCCCAUCCCCACUACCAGCUCUCAGUUGCGAUACCGACGACAACGAUGAAGAAAUCUCCCUGAGAGUUCCAGAUAGCUGUGAGAUCAAAUCACGAAUGUCCUCCACCUCGUCCAACUCCACCUCCGACAGUCAGGCCACCAAUGAGGACGGAGCAGCAACUCCUGUCGUCCAAUCAGAUGAAGAGGACGUUCAAGACGACGAUAGCCUUUUGACAACAGCAGCGUCCCCAGCCGAAGGUGCUGGAGAAGCCCAGGCUGAGCUGUCUGUAUAAAGAACCUGGUCAAUUUCUACUGAUCGAUCAACUAACAUGAUGAUGUUUCUCUAUUAAUAAGGACUUUUUUCUGGUGGGUUGAUAGAUUCUGACUAUGUACCAAUCUACCAAAGACUGUAAUGGACUCUUACACGCACAUGAUUCUUCCUCUUAAAGAAAUGCCCUCCUUCACCUGAACUGCUGCUGUAAAUAAUACAAAUCAAACUAAGGCUUCUAGAGGUUUGCAGACAUGGCAUGUUCCUACGGCAUCUGUUUGUCUUGGAUUUGUAUCGCCUCAUUAAUGACUGUGUUGAUUUAGAUGUCAUCAUUGUUGAAAAGUGUCAUUAUUUGACACCAUAUUUAUGAUUGAUUAUUAACAUUGCCAAUGUAUAAAAGUGUACUAUUUCUGCAGAUUGGUGCUGCUUAGAUCUCUAACUUUUGGUGCGCCAGUUGUUCAGAUGUCAUAUACGUCCACCAUCUAACUUUCCAUGUUGUCGUCUUUCUCACAAAGUUCUUUUUUUUUGUUGUUUUGUGUUCUUAAGCCGUCUUCCCUCUGAUCUCCACAAUACCUUAUAUUUUGCUAUCAAAAUAAAGCCAAUGCCAACUUUGAAA